CACUUAGCUAUCUAUAAAAUGCCCUUAUCUUCUACGGCCUUACAGGCUCUGAAGCUUUUACUUGCCUUUUCAGUGUGCUUUAACUCUACUUAGAGAGGGUCAAGAAUCCAUCUUUUUUCUUUGGGAGAGAGAGACGGAUAGAGCAAUGGAGGGCAAGGAAGAGGAUGUUAGACUAGGAGCAAACAAAUUCACAGAGAGGCAGCCCAUAGGGACAUCAGCCCAGACUGAUAAGGACUACAAGGAGCCACCACCAGCUCCCCUGUUUGAGCCAGGUGAGCUAUGCUCAUGGUCCUUCUACAGGGCUGGGAUUGCCGAGUUCAUCGCUACUUUCUUGUUCCUCUACAUCACCGUAUUGACUGUCAUGGGUUUCUCUAAGUCCACCAACAAGUGUGCCACUGUAGGUACCCAGGGUAUUGCUUGGGCCUUUGGUGGUAUGAUCUUUGCCCUUGUCUACUGCACUGCUGGUAUCUCAGGUGGACACAUCAACCCAGCAGUGACCUUUGGUCUGUUUCUGGCAAGAAAGCUCUCCUUGACAAGGGCUCUGUUCUACAUCAUCAUGCAAUGCCUUGGUGCCAUCUGUGGCGCUGGGGUGGUGAAAGGUUUUGAGGGAGAUCGUGUAUAUGAGACUUUGGGUGGUGGAGCCAACGUUGUGGCUCAUGGCUAUACUAAGGGUGAUGGUCUUGGUGCCGAGAUUGUCGGCACCUUUGUUCUUGUCUACACUGUCUUCUCCGCCACCGAUGCAAAGAGGAACGCCAGAGAUUCUCAUGUCCCUAUUUUGGCUCCUCUUCCCAUUGGGUUUGCUGUGUUCUUGGUUCAUUUGGCCACCAUCCCCAUCACUGGAACUGGCAUUAACCCAGCCAGGAGCCUUGGAGCUGCUAUCAUCUUCAACAAAGACCACGCAUGGGAUGACCAUUGGAUUUUCUGGGUUGGGCCCUUCAUUGGAGCUGCCCUUGCUGCUGUGUACCACCAGAUAGUCAUCAGAGCUAUCCCUUUCAAGGCUAGAGCUUAAUGUUUUUACCAUCUUAGUCAUCAGAGGCCGCCUUUGAGUCUUAUCAAACACUUCUCCCUUGGUGUUCUCCUCUUCAUUUCUUUUGUUGUGUAUUUUUGUUUCUAUCCCUCCAUGUGAAUCUGGUAUUUGGAGUGUUAUCACGAGUGUAAAUUAUCUAGUGUUGCUGUAUUAUUGUGACACCCACUGAAUGCAGAAAUCCCUUUUAUCUUUAA